AUGGGUCCCUCUUCGAAAAUAUUGGUUUUUUCUCUGAUUUUUUUGAGCUUGGCUCUCGAAGUUUCGUCUGAAAAUGGACUUGAUGUCAAUGCGCUCAGUGGAAAAAGCAAAAAGUUCUUUUUUGAUAUGACGAAACAAGUGAUGGGUGUUCCGUCCCUAAAACCCGAGAAUCUGGCUGCUCAAGCAUUCUUCCGCGGGUUUUUGGACAAAUACACCAAACUGGAUGACAAAGUGAAGAAUGAUAUGACACAACAUGUCCCAAAAGCCACCAAACUUUUUGACGCAGCUGCCAAAAAGUUCAACAUCGACCCAACUAGCGCGUUCAAAAUGCUCUCCACAUUUUUCGAAACCUUCAAGAAAGGAGCAUCGAGUGAGAUGGCAUCGAAGGGUCUUCAAAUGGCUGGAAAAUUGCUCGGAGGAAAGACAGGAGGCGGCGGAGGUGGACUUCUUGGAUUCUUGGGACAACGUAGAUAA